AAAGGCGCGGACUGCUUCCGCUACAGAUGCUACAAUACGUUCUAUCUGCUUGUGGUUACUAUAGCAACCGUCUGUCUCGCUAGCUAGCACGUUAGCUAGUGCUGACGCUAGAGUGCUCGGGUUAAAAGUUGUAUUUUAAAGUUACAAUAUUACAUGUCUACGAUUGAUAGAUAACCAAUAGAAAACCUACUAUGACAGUGGGGUUUGUCGGCCAAUGCCGAGACCCAGGAAGUGUCACGUGCAGUUGGAGCUUUGACAAAAGAGACUCCACAUCCGAGGACAUUUAUCCGCGGGAUGCAAACAGUUACUUUAAUCCCAGGUGACGGUAUUGGUCCAGAGAUCUCUGCUGCUGUCAUGAAUAUAUUUGAAGCAGCUAAAACACCUAUUUCCUGGGAAGAAAGGAAUGUUACAGCCAUCCAAGGGCCUGGUGGGAAGUGGAUGAUUCCUCCAGAUGCCAAAGAAUCAAUGGACAGAAACAAAAUUGGCCUAAAAGGACCCUUGAAAACACCAAUAGCUGCUGGUCACCCAUCAAUGAACCUACUGCUGAGGAAAACGUUUGACCUCUAUGCCAAUGUGCGCCCCUGUGUGUCUAUUGAGGGCUACAAAACCCCCUACACGGAUGUAAACCUGGUCACCAUCAGGGAGAACACUGAGGGAGAAUACAGUGGAAUUGAACAUCUGAUUGUUGAUGGAGUCGUUCAGAGUAUUAAGCUCAUAACAGAGCAAGCCAGUCAACGCAUAGCAGAGUAUGCCUUUGAAUAUGCCAGAAACAAUCAGAGGGCCAGUGUUACUGCGGUUCAUAAAGCCAAUAUUAUGCGCAUGUCAGAUGGGCUGUUCUUACGAAAAUGUAGAGAGGCAGCUGAAAAGCACAAAGAUGUGAAGUUCACCGAGAUGUACUUGGAUACUGUCUGCCUUAAUAUGGUACAGGAUCCCACACAGUUUGAUGUAUUAGUGAUGCCAAAUCUGUACGGUGACAUCUUGAGUGAUCUUUGUGCGGGACUGAUUGGAGGCCUUGGAGUAACUCCUAGUGGAAACAUUGGUGCCAAUGGUGUUGCUAUCUUCGAGUCGGUUCAUGGAACUGCCCCAGAUAUAGCAGGGAAAGACAUGGCCAACCCCACUGCCUUGUUGCUCAGUGCGGUCAUGAUGCUGCGGCACAUGGGUCUACAUGACUACGCCAAGAAAAUUGAAACUGCCUGCUUUGACACUAUUCGAGAGAAGAAGGUUCUAACAAAAGACUUGGGAGGAAACUCCAAGUGUUCAGAAUUCACAGAGGCAAUAUGUCAAAGAGUACGAGACAUGGACUGAAAAGAUAAAAGAUGCUGCUGAGGUAUUAGUUGGUGUUUAUCAUCAUAUCAUCAUAUCAUUGUAUCUGCACAUUUAUAGCCAAAUUAAGUGUUUGAAAUAACUCGGGAGCUAUCCUGAAUGUUUACGCACAUCCCAAAGCACUGUCUUAAAACAUAUGAACAAAUGUUACAAUCUGUGUUAUGCACUUUGUUUAUUGGCUGCUUUAUUUGUGGUGGAGCUGGAUUAGGACUCUCAGCAUUUUGUCAAUAAAGACGAAAUCAAAUAUUAAUUUAAACAGCAUUUGUCAAACGUUGCUUCUCUCCAUACAUUAGUUUUUACUGCUAUUUUAAGAAAGGUAAGGGACAUUUACAUCAGUAGUGACACUUUGUUUGAAUAUGCACUAUUGCGGACAUUAUGAUCCCGCUCACCCAUUAUACAGAUCACAUCUUUGACAUUAACGAAUACCUGCGGAUUUUUGCUGGAUUUCUGUUUUGAGUUUUUAUCCAAACUAAUACUGUUAACAAAUAUAACAAACAAAUAUACUCCAUAUGGAUAGAAACAAGGGUCAAUGUUGCAAUGUCUUUGCUAUGCUGCACUUUGUCAUGUAAAACUGAGUCAGAGCAGAUGUAUUUAAAUAAAUUGCCAAUAUUGUAAUGGAUGUUAUUGUUAUUUAAAAUGUUCACUUGAAUAUAAUAAAACAAAUACUCAGUAACACUUGGA